GGGAGGGAAGGGCUGGUGGCGAAUCGCCCAGAAGUGGGAGGGCCAGGCCUUUAUUGUCGGGCUCCAAACGGGACUUUGCCACCCCCGCCCCUUUCCUCUGAGGCAGAAGCUGACAAGGGCCGCGCUCUCUGCUUCUGCCCCGGAACCCGUCGCCAGCAGUCCAGGGAGCCCGGAGAUCGCCAGGCCAGGAAGAUGAGCGUCACGCUGGGCUACUGGGACAUCCGUGGGCUUGCCCAUGCAAUCAGGCUUCUUCUAGAAUACACAGAAACACCAUUUGAAGACAAACAGUAUGGUGUCAUAGAAGGAAAGGAACCAGAAGGUGCUGAUUUUGAUAUAAGUCAGUGGACUAAUGUGAAGGAGAAACUGGGCUUGGACUUCCCAAAUCUGCCAUAUCUCAUUGAUGGUGAGAGGAAGAUCACUCAGAGCAAUGCCAUCCUGCGAUACCUUGCACGCAAGCACAAGAUGUGUGGUGAGACUGAAGAAGAAAUAAUUCGAAUAGAUAUACUUGAGAACCAACUCAUGGAUUUCCGAAUGCAGCUUGCAAGGAUAUGCUACAGCCCAGAUUUUGAAAAAUUGAAGCCUGAAUUCCUUGAACAGCUACCUGGGAAGCUGAAGCAGACCUCCCAGUUUCUGGGAAACAGAAAAUGGUUUGCAGGAAACAAGCUCACCUAUGUAGACUUCCUCGCAUAUGAUGUUUUGGAUGUGCAGCGAACAUUUGAGCCAAAAUGUUUGGAUCAAUUCAGAAAUCUAAAGGAUUUCCUAGACCGCUUUGAGGCAUUGGAGAAGAUUUCUGCCUACAUGAAAUCCGACCGUUUUCUGAGAACUCCCAUCUUCUGGAGAAUUGCCAAGUGGGGAAAUAAGAAAGAGUAGAAGGAACCAGGAAUAAACUGGCCUGACAUUUGUAGUGAAAUAAUACCUUUGCCUCAUAGAAAAAAAAUCAACCAAGCUUUGAAAACUUUUGUGCCUUUUGGGUUCCAAUAAAGGUGUCAAUCUGUUUUAUCAA